AUGGCGGCGAGGCUUGUCUCCGUCUCCGUUCCCCUCCUCCUGCUGCUCGUCGUUGUCCUGGCCGGCUCCCGCGCGGCGCUGGCCUCCAAGACCGUGGAGCAGACCUGCGCCAAGGCCACGUCGGGCGCGCGGCGCAAGGAGCUGCUGGCGCCCUUCUGCGUGUCGUCGCUCCAGGCGGCGCCCGGCAGCGAGGGCGCCGACGCGCACGGCCUGGCAGCCAUCGCCACCAACCUGACGCUGGCCAACUACACGGCCGCCGUGGCCACCAUCAAGGCGCUGGAGCGGCGCGGGGGCUGGUCCGAGCGGUCGCGGCGCGCGCUGGCCACGUGCCGCCAGCGGUACAUCGAGGCGCUCAACGUCGUGCACAGCGCCGUCCACGCGCUGGCCACGGGGAAGCUCCGGGACUACGUGUCCGACAUGGGGGUCGUCCGGAAGGCGGCGACCGACUGCGAGGGCGCGUUCGGCGGCGCCGGCGGGAACGCCAAGUCGCCGCUGCGGAAGGUGGACGCGGACGCCGACAACCUCACCGUGGUGGCGAUGCUCAUCGUCAGAUCCCUGCAGUAA